AUCAAAGAUUUCAUACUCAAAAUCAUCAAGUCUUGUUACUAGUAGAUAAUGCCUCUUCAUAUUUUCAUGACCAAUCUAAUAUUGCUAACAUUGAUGAAUUAUACAAAUCAGAUGAAUCAAAUUCUAAUUUAGAAGAAGAAAUAUCCAAUAAUAAUUUAGAACCUGAAAUAUCAACCACUUUGUAUAGGAAUUGUCAAG